ACGCACUGAGCGCAUUCUUCUUCAUCUUUGAAUGAUGUGGCCGAAGGAGGCUUCCAGCGUCUGGGUUUUCCCGACAAUUCUUAUAUCAUUUCUUCAGUGUCUCAGCGCUGAAUUGACUGCUGAGGAAUGCCGUUCUCUUGGGUUUACGCCGAAUCUUUUAUGCAGUACAUGCGAUGAAUUACCACAGUUUAAAUUAGAUGCACUUGUUGACAAUUGUAAGGGAUGUUGUCAGGCAGACCAAAAUGAAACGAUGGUCGAAAAGUAUGCAUCAGCUGUUCUUGAAGUGUGUAACUGAAAAAUUGGUCGCUUCCCACAAAUUCAAGCAUUUGUGAGAGGCGAAAAGCGAAAUCAGUUUCCAAACCUAAGUGUGAAGUAUCUUCGAGGCAAGGAUCCUGUUUUGAAAUUGUAUAAUAGCAAUGGAGAGAUGAAAGAGGAAUUAAGUAUAGACAAGUGGAAUACAGACAGUGUGGAAGAGUUUCUGAAAGAAAAAUUACAGUAGAACUUAUGUUACAAGCUAGGAAAUUACAAAUCUCCCACUUCAUGUGUUAAUUUGAAGAUGUUCAAGAUCUAAACUUUCUUUAUGAAAACGCUGUUUAAAACCGUUCUUUAUGGCAAACAGUGUUAGAUGCUUUUUAAGUAUGGUUCUUGUAAUGUUAUUCAGAAUAAAACAUAUGAAGGUUUUUU